GCGGGGGCGCAGGUGAGGCGGGGCAGGGCGUGGUGCGGCGCGAGCGCGGCGCAGGGCGAGCGGUGGCAGUGAGCCGCGCUGCUCCUGCCGUCUCCGCCGCCCCGGUCGCCGCCGCUUCGGCAUGAGGAAGCGCAACGAGUCGGUCACGGUGGAGCAUGAGCGCGCCGCUGCCGCGCCCGUGCCCCUCGACAAGGGCUGCAGCCUAAGGCACAGCCUGCGCCUGCCCGCUGCCGACACGGGCAUGAAGCGACCGCUGGGCAGCACCACGGCAGCCCGCGACCGAAGAGCCCUGGGGGCAGAAAAGCGAUACGGAUUGUGGUUUCGAUUGCGCAAGUUAAUAAUCUGGUUGCUGGGAGUGUACAUAGCCAUUCCAUUUCUAGUAAAACUUUGCCCUGCUAUUCAGGCAAAGCUGGUCUUCCUAAACUUCGUGAGGGUCCCAUAUUUCAUUGACUUGAAAAGACCACAGGAUCAAGGUUUAAACCACACCUGUAAUUAUUACCUGCAGCCAGAGGAGGAUGUAACCAUUGGAGUUUGGCACACGGUCCCUGCAGCCUUAUGGAAGAACGCCCGAGGGAAGGACCAGUUGUGGUUUGAAGAUGCUUUGGGUUCCAGCCAUCCCGUAAUCCUUUACUUGCAUGGCAAUGCGGGAACAAGAGGAGGGGAUCACCGUGUGGAGCUUUACAAGGUUCUCAGCUCCCUUGGGUACCAUGUAGUCACGUUUGAUUACCGAGGCUGGGGCGAUUCGAUAGGCAGCCCGUCAGAGAGAGGAAUGACCUACGACGCCCUUCAUGUAUUUGACUGGAUAAAAGCAAGAAGUGGAGACAACCCUGUCUAUAUCUGGGGACAUUCCUUGGGCACAGGGGUUGCAACAAAUUUAGUGAGGCGUCUUUGUGAGAGAGAAACACCCCCGGAUGCCCUGAUACUGGAAUCUCCAUUCACCAACAUACGGGAGGAGGCGCGAAGUCACCCCUUUUCUGUGAUAUACAGAUACUUCCCUGGGUUUGACUGGUUCUUCCUUGACCCCAUCACGACAAGUGGAAUUAAAUUUGCAAAUGAUGAGAAUGUGAAAUACAUUUCCUGCUCCCUGCUCAUCCUUCAUGCUGAGGAUGACCCAGUGGUACCAUUUCAUCUGGGAAAGAAGCUUUACAACAUUGCUGCGACAUCACGAAGUUUCCGAGACUACAAGGUGCAGUUUGUUCCGUUCCACACAGACCUCGGCUACCGGCACAAGUACAUCUACAGGAGCCCAGAGCUACCUCGAAUACUGCGGGAAUUCCUGGGAAAAUCUGAACAUGAGCAUCAUCACUGAAGACUGGCUGCUUGGCAGCACAGAAAUUUUCCUUUCCUGCGUCUCUCUCCUUUUCCUCCCCCCUCUCCAUGAGUCACUUUGCUGUUCUUCCAACCCUGGCACUAGAGGAGGUCAGGGAUUCCUACUCCGGUCCUGAUGUGUACCCUUGGCAACUCCAGCUCCCAGGAUCAGCAUCUGUGAUAUUAGAAGAAAGAAUUUGUUGACUUCUUUUUUGACAUGGAUGGAGGGGUGAUAACAGCCCAGGAGCUGGUACUAAACCGUGAAAAUUUUAAGCACAACAAAGCCUGGCCAGUCUGGCCGCUGAGGACAGACAUUCCUAGGACACGCAUGUCAUGAUCAAGGGUGUUUCUUCCACUUCUAAACACUGCUGCUGGUUUUGGAUCAAGUAGAGACUCAUUUGUAGGUGAAUGGUUUUUGUUGUGUCUCCAUACCACAAUUGUCUUGCUUGAGUUUGAGGUGUUUUCUUUCUAGGAAAUACAGGUUUUGUUUUGCCUUUUCACUAAGUGGCUGUAAUUACAAAUACACAGAAGAUUGAGGCGGUGAGAGAGAUUUCUAUUUAGCUAUUCAGUCACAGUGUGUUGCAAAUGUUGGGCUAAUUGCACACAUUUGGAAAUAAAACGAAAUACUUUGUUUGUUUUUUCCUUUUCAAACAUCUGUUUAACAGAAAAGGUUAGUGCCCUUUUUUCUGUACCCUUUUCCUUCUAAGCAUAAUUUCUGCUCCCAUCCCUGCUAUCCUCUGUGGAGCUCCUCUCCUUCUUCACAUGCACUUCCUAAUAGGACUGAACUGACUUACGCAGAUAAAUUGCAAACUUGGGAGUUAGGAUGGAAAGCGUGAGAUUACUUUUUUGCUACAUCUCCCCCUUCCAUGAACAAUGUAGGCCCAGGAUGUGGGAAUGGAUGUCUUCCAUUCUCCCAGUACACACCCAAACAGACAUGCUUGCUUUGGGUGGGAAGGGCAGAGUUUUUUCCUCAACGACCUUAUAUCUCUUUAGGUCAGGUUUUCCUCUUCCUGGUGGCUACACUGUUCCUCUGUAGUUAAAAGCAGGCAGUGGUGUGCAAUUCUUGAUGCAAAAAUUACAGUCUGGGCUGUCCCUCCACCUCCCUUUUGUGCUCUGGGCACCCCAGGCGCUUCCAGUAGCACUUCUCAGCCUGUCCCACAGCCACGGUCAGAGCACGUUGUCCAGGAGGCAGAAAAGGAAAUGAGCCUCUCCCAGGGCGAGAGGUUCUGGGGAUGUGCUUGUACUGCUUGAGGCUAGAACAGGGGCUCUUUUAUACCACUAACAAGCUCUGCACUGAGAUGAGAAGAAGGUCAUAUGCUGACUUUGUGGUGGCUGGCUGGGGACCUGGCUGUGCCCUCUGUCACUCUAUAUAGACAAUACCAGGUGCUGUAGGUUUAGUCACUAGUGCUCAAGAGUGAACUGUGCUGCCUGAAGGGUCUGUUCAGGGCAGUACAGCAUAGUAUAAACUGCUCAGCAUGCAUCCAAGUUAUAUAUAGGCAAGCUCAUAUUAGUUGCAAAGCAAGAUAGUAGCUUGUUCUUUUACUAAGAUAGUGCUAUAGUGUGAUUGUCCCCAAGAUUUCUGACCCAUGAUACUCCUAAGCUAACUGUACCACUUAAAUUAUGUUUUACACACUUUUAUUUAUUGCACUGACAGAAGAGAAACACUUGGCUCCAGAGGGUGAUGGACACGUUCCAGCUGACGCUGCUGCCAGCAGCUGGCUUGGGUCAAAGCGCAGCCAGAGGUGGGCUGGCUGGCUGCCUUCCUACCACAGGACAGAGCUGAAGGUCCAGCAUGUGAACCGCUGGUUUUGGUGAUUCCAACACCACCAUUUCCAUUAGCAGGCCAGUGAGAUGCUUGGAAAUUUAAACUGAAAUGUUUAUCUAAAGUGGUGUAGUUUUAAUAAAGGCAUUGACUGCUGAUCA